GAUAGAUAGUGAGGGAUAGCAUAGCAUAGCAUAACAUAUAUAUAGAUAGAGAGAGAGAGAGAGUAGAUAUAUAAGUAGAUAACAUGGUUUUCUACUGUAUUUGUGGCGGGUGCAACAACUCCAGCAAAAGUGGACAUAGGGUCCAUUGCUUCCCCAAGGACAAAGGGAUUCUCCGAAGCUGGGUGCAAUUUGUCAAGUUUAGGCGGGCAUAUUUUUCAGCUAGCUCUGUUACCGCGUACUCCAGAAUAUGCAGCGCGCAUUUCAAGGAGGAGGAUUACCACUCAGGGGAUGCCAAGAUGGUCUCACUUGGUUUAAAGAGUAAGAGGACGGCGAAGUUAAUUCCUACCGCCGUGCCGUCUGUGCAUGCAAACCACUCUGCCUGCCCUGUCCCGAGGUCGAGAGACACCGUCUGCCGCAAGCGAGAGAUUGCCACGAUGUUGACAGACGCCUCACAGCAGGAGACCGUGGCCAGUGUAGACACUGUGGAGAGUGUCGAUACUGGGGAUCAGCCCUUGCCCUCCUCCACUUCUGACGCUGGGACACAAUGUUUUUUGAAGCCCCCCCGAUGGUCUCACGGCUCAUUGGCAGCAGUCAAGUUGGAGAACAUAAUGAUGAGGGCUGCCUUGCUGAAAGAUGUUCGUCAGCUGUCUUCACAGCACCAGACCUUCUCCCUUGAGGCUUACCACUCCCUCAUCUUGCACUUCGCGCCCAAGCACACAGGGUUUUCAUACCUUGGGAUGUAUAGCAGGCUUCUCUUAGCGGCGCUGCAUUAUAAUCACAAUGCCAAUCGCGAGACAGCACGGAGAAGUGACGGGACAGAGAAGUACUGCGUGCGGUAUCCGCGCUUCAGAAAAGGUGCCCAUGUGGUGCGUCCCAUCAAAGAGGCAGCCUCAUACGGUUAUGCAACAUCAUUAAUGAAGGCCCUUCGGGAGAGCUACGCCAAUUCACCCGCGGUUCUUCGAGAGGUUGGCGCCAAUCUGUCCUCCGAUGCACCCGCCCCCAUCGCCAAAUCCUUCGAACAGAUUCCUAAGGAGGAGGCCAUCAGCCUCUACCUAGCCCGGCAGUCACGCUUCAAGAAAACCUAAUUUCACAUUAUUAUUUUUUUCCACGGACAAGUCCAAUGAUUUAGUUGUUAUUUGCAUGAAAUUUCUUUGCAUGUAAUUCAAAAUAAUUUGGUAAUCAUUUUACCUGUGCCUUGUCAACCUCUGUGUGCGGUGUUGUCUGGGCUCACUGUGUGUCUGCUUGAUGUGCUUUUGCAUGUAUCACUGCAUGUAUCACUGCAUGAAAUAGUGUGUGUGUGUGUGUGAGAGAAAGAGAACCAUCAACUGACCCUCGGGUAUGACUACACUAUUGCAGAAUUAAUUAGAAUUAGAAUUAAACAUUGCGGGUCUAGCCCUUCAUCAGUGUUCCUUGUAUGUUUUGUGCCUAACCAUUUUUUUAUAUAGAUUUAAUUCCAACCUGUGUCUUUGUUCAGUAACCAUUACAAGCAAUGCCAAUCAACUUUUUUUUAUCCAAAAUGCAUGUGUUCUGUGUACUUUAUAAAAUUUUAAGGGCAAUUGAAUGAUCACAACAGAAUAAGCAUAACUAUUAUUUUUAUUCAUUUUAAUCCAAACAAGGCCAUUGAAAGCCCUGAUAGGUCUGGUCACCAUUCUGGAAUUGCUGUCUGAUGGUUGAAACCACACAAGAGGGUAGAGGCUUCCUUAUACUCCUCCCUAAAACGCCAUAAGCCCAGCGUAUAGCUUGCCUGUACGCAGUGUACCGGUAUUGCCUAGGGAUAAGUAGGAAAGAUUCUUAAGUUUAAAACUAAGUAGGUUGGAAACGUCAUUUUAAGCCUGUUUCUUAUGCAUGUUUAUUGUGUAUGCAACACAUCUCCUGUCACCUAUAACUGUUGGUUCAAAUGACUCAGUGUAAAAAGAUUUGUAAAGUAAACAUAAACCAUGAACAUA